AUGGAUCCUACUGAUAUCAUUGACAGAUGUUCAGAAUUGACUCUGGAAGAGGAGGAAAUUGGUGGUCUUGAGGCACCCGAUCCACACGUGAUAGCUAAUGUGGUCGCUCACUGGGAUGUUGUCGGCCGAUUUUUAACAGAUCGCACGAUCAAGUUUGAUCACAUGCAGCAGGUUCUUGCUUCGGUGUGGCGCCCUAUGAUGGGGAUGUGUGUACUCCCUCUUGAAGACAAUCUGUUCUUGUUCCAGUUCCCGCACCCUAAAGAUAUGCGUCGAGUUAUUGACGACGGGCCUUGGUCGUUUGAGAACAAUAUGCUCGUGUGUAAAGAGGUCCCGGAGGGUACUCGACCAGAGGAUUUCCCGCACCCUAAAGAUAUGCGUCGAGUUAUUGACGACGGGCCUUGGUCGUUUGAGAACAAUAUGCUCGUGUGUAAAGAGGUCCCGGAGGGUACUCGACCAGAGGAUGUAGUGUUGGAUUCUAUUCCAUUCUGGGUGCAGAUUCACGAAUUACCUGCAGUCUAUGCUUUUAAUGCUUUUAUUCGUCAAGUUGGGGAUUACGUGGGUACGUUUGUGGCGGUGGAUCCCAACAACUUUGGUACUAGUCGACGCAGUUACUACCGUAUUAGGGUCAAGGUCGAUGUUACUGCUCCUCUAAAGAGGAUAAUCAAGUUAAACCGAAAGGAUGGUACGGCACAGUGGAUCACCUUUAAAUAUGAACGGCUCAGUACUUUUUGCUUUUGUUGUGGUCUUCUUGGACACUCUGACAAGUUUUGUAAGAAGGCUUACGACGAAGGAAUUGAACCAGAGAAUUUCCCUUACGGUUCAUGGUUACGUGCGGGGUCGCGUCGGCAGGUUCAACCCGUGGGUGCAAGAUGGAUAUUGCCAGAGCUCCCAGUUAAGGCCAGUGACAAUUCCAACGCUGCCAAUGCGGUUGGUUCGUUUGAUUUGGUAGUGACUGAUGACCCUAAGGAAUUGCAGGGUGAUCUUAAGAGAAGACGUGAGGAUACUACUGAGGUUGGUAGUUCAAGUGGGAAGGAUAUUGUCAUGGAAAAAGUUCCAAAAAACUUGAUGUUGGCGGGGUGGGCCNAGGCCAGUGACAAUUCCAACGCUGCCAAUGCGGUUGGUUCGUUUGAUUUGGUAGUGACUGAUGACCCUAAGGAAUUGCAGGGUGAUCUUAAGAGAAGACGUGAGGAUACUACUGAGGUUGGUAGUUCAAGUGGGAAGGAUAUUGUCAUGGAAAAAGUUCCAAAAAACUUGAUGUUGGCGGGUCUGGAGAUGGAACAAGUGAGACUUAAAAUGGGGUAUGAAGGUCUGUUUAAUGUUGAUAGGGUGGGCCUCGGAGGGGGUCUAGCUCUUUUUUGGAGAGAUUCGGGAAUGGCCACGCUUCUUAGAUUCUCAAAUAAUCAUAUUGAUGUGGAGGUUUCGUUGCCUGGUAAACCGCGUUGGAGACUUACCUGUUUUUACGGGUAUCCGGAAAGGUCAAGAAGGCAAGCGUCUUGGGAUCUUCUACGUCAACUUAAGGAUAAUUCUAAUCUUCCUUGGGUUGUGCUUGGGGAUUUCAACGACAUUACAUGUCAAUCCGAGAAGAGAGGGGUUCAUUCUCAUCCUUCUUCUCUUAUAGAUGGGUUCAAUGAGGCACUGCACAACUGUAACCUGCUUGAUCUUGGCAUGAUUGGCAACCGGUUUACAUGGGAAAAGGGUCGUGGAACUGAUGCAUGGGUGGAGGAACGCCUUGACAGGGUGGUGGCAAAUUUGGAUUGGACGGACUUAUAUACUGAGGUUUCUAUUCUUAACAUUCUCACUACGACGUCCGAUCACUGUGCUAUUUUUUUGAAUCUGAACCCAACUCGUUUGCAUACAUCCAAACGUACUUUCAAGUUUGAAUCUGCAUGGUUGUGCGAUCAAGGAUGUCGGAAUAUUGUUGAGGCUUCUUGGCAGCAGACUGUAGGCUCCCAUUUCCAAGACCGAAUAACUCUUUGUGGUCAAAGCCUUUGGAGGUGGGGAGGGGAGUAUUUUAAGCGCUUUGGGAGCUGGAUUAAGCAUCUAAGACACUUGUUAGAUGUGUUAAAGGAAAGUAGAAGGCCCUCUGCUAUUACUCAAUUUUUAGAAGCUGAGAAUGAAUUAAAUUUGUUGCUACGACAAGAAGAAAUAUUUUGGAAGCAGAGAUCAAAACAAUUAUGGCUCAAACAUGGAGAUUAUAAUACUAAAUAUUUUCAUAGAUUUGCCUCCGGUCGCCGCCGCAAUAAUCAUUUACUGAGGCUUUUGAAUCCUGAUGGCGUGUGGGUGGAAGAUAAUAAUAUGAAUGGGGAGGUACUCAGGUAUUUUAAUGAAAUUUUUAGUUCUGCGGGUACUAGUUCUGAUUUAUUUUCUCUUGUUCAAUGUCGGGUAACUGAGGAUAUGAAUAUACAGCUUCGGCAACCGUUUACUAUUGAUGAGGUUAAAGCUGCGCUAUUUGAUAUGGCUCCUGAGAAAGCUCCCGGUCCUGAUGGUAUGUCUCCUUCUUUCUUUCAACGCUUUUGGCCGAUAAUUGAGCACGAUUUAUAUAUGUUUGUUCUUAAUUGCCUUAAUACUUGUACGUUCCCUGAUGGUCUUAAUGACACAAAUAUCGUGUUGAUACCGAAAAAGAAAGUUCCUGAGAAAGUUUCGGAUUUGAGACCGAUUGCUUUGUGCAAUGUAGCCUACAAGGUUAUGGCAAAAGUGUUGGCCAAUCGCAUGAAAGGUUUUUUGAACGGUAUUAUAUCACCCACUCAGAGUGCAUUUGUACCCGACAGAUUAUUAUCCGACAAUGUGAUUGUUGCUGGUGAGGUAGGUCAUUAUCUGCGGAGAAAGUGUAAUGGGGCUGUAGGAUGGGCUGCUCUGAAACUUGAUAUGGCCAAAGCCUACGACCGAAUGGAAUGGUGUUUUCUGGAAGGGAUGUUAGCGACAUUGGGUUUUGAACGUAGGUGGAUUGAUUUGCUCAUGUUGUGUGUGAAAUCAGUGCGUUACUCUAUCCUAGUUAAUGGCGAGGUGGCGGGUUCUGUGAUUCCCACUCGUGGCAUUCGACAAAGUGACCCUUUAUCUCCGUACUUUUUCAUUAUCUAUGCGGAAGGGUUAUCUGUGCUUCUACAACGAGCUGAGGCUCGAGGGGAUAUUCACGGUAUCAAGAUUGCUCGUGGGGCUCCUGCUGUCUCACAUCUGUUGUUUGCGGACGACAGUUUACUAUUUUUUAAGGCUACCCAACAACAAGUACUUAAGGUUAAAGAUUGCUUGGAGGAAUAUUGUGCAGCAUCGAGGCAAGUUGUUAAUUAUGCUAAGUCCAGUGCGAUGUUUAGUACAAACACCAAUGCAGAUAUGCGUAAGUUUGUUGCCGAUUGUAUGGGAGUGCGUGUGACUGAGGAUCUGGGGCGCUACCUGGGCUUUCCAUCUGUGUUGGGUAGGAAUAAAACUGCCAUCUUCCGUUUUAUUGAGCAAAGGGUUCGUGAGAGAGUAAGUGGCUGGCAACAGAAGCUUAUUUCAAAGGCAGGUCGAGAAGUAUUGAUUAAAAGCAUCGCGCAAUCCUUACCAAUCUUUACUAUGUCUGUUUAUUUACUCUCGGGGCGUACGUGUGAUGCAAUUGAAAAGACUUUGAACCGAUAUUGGUGGUGUGGUGGUGACCGCCAGAAAGGUAUACAUUGGCUCAGCUGGUCUCGUUUGAGUGCGCCAAAGACAUGUGGGGGUUUGGGAUUUAAAAAGAUCCGUGAAUUUAAUAUUGCGCUGUUAGCUAAGCAGGGAUGGCGAUUGUUGACUACUCCAUCAUCGUUAGUCUGUCGUCUCCUGAAGGCAAAAUACUUCCCUCGUUGUGACUUCUUGGAUGCUCAAAUUGGCAAUAACCCUAGUUAUAUCUGGAGGAGCAUUCUAGCAGGGCAAGAACUUCUUAAAUCAGGGGUGGUACGUACAAUUGGCGACGGAAAGGACACAAGAAUUUGGGGAUGGCCUUGGUUGUCUGACAUGGAUAAUCCUUCCCUUCACACCCUUGGAGUUACUGAAUUUAAUGAUGCUACAGUUAAUUCUUUGUUUGAUGAGCAAGGUAAAUGGGAUUUAGAGAUUUUGCAUGAUUUAUUUGAACCUGAUGAUAUUCCCAGAAUCCUCGCAACUCCUAUUUCGCAUGAGAUAUCUGAUUCUUGGAGAUGGAGAGGGGAUAUAAGGGGUGUGUACACAGAUAAACUCUGGAAGCUCCCAGUUCCACCAAAGGUUAAAAACUUCCUUUGGAGGUGUGCUCGUAACAUUGUUCCGGUUCGGGAAGUUCUUAAGCAGAGGCACGUGUGGAUCGGUGGUGGGUGCCCCUUGUGUGAUAGUAUGGAAGAGACGACUGAGCAUUUAUUCUGUUCAUGCACUUUUGCAUGUCAAGUUUGGGGUGAAAACGACGUCGCCCAAGGGAAAUCUAUGCUUGAGUUCAUGCAAUCUGUGUUGAGCUCUGCGGAUGGGAACUAUGUUGUGCGAAUGGCUGCAGUUUGUUGGGUGUUGUGGUUGGUUCGAAAUGCAAUAGUGUGGCAGAAUGAGGUUAGAACGGUGCAUAGUGUUUGCAUGCAAGUCCAAAGGCUGCAACUCAUCUGGAAGGAUGCUUAUACAAAGACUAAUUUAUCUGUUAAUAAUAAUAUUCCCACUGCUUGGACCCCUCCUCAACAUGGCUUCCUUAAAUGUAAUGUUGAUGCCGCAAUAUUUGAUGAUGGUGCAGGUUAUGGUGCGGUGCUGCGAGAUCACCAUGGUCUUUUUGUGGCGGCGAAGGCUGAUCGUCUAAUGGCUACGCGUGACCCUCUUCUGGCGGAAGCAUUAGCGGUCAAGGAAGCUCUGUCUUGGAUUAAAGACUCUGAUUAUUCUAGUGUCAUUAUUGAAACAGACUGUUUAAAUUUUGUGCUUGCUUUUCAUUCUCGUUCUGUUGAUUUUUCCUAUGUGGGUUGUUUAGUUAAGCAUAGUCGUUCUUUGGCUAGUGACAUUGGGAACGUUUCUGUUCGCCAUGUCAAGAGGUUAGCGAAUCAGGUGGCUCACGUGCUUGCACGGGCAACUGGUUCAUCGUCUGGCCUGGGUUCGUGGUUUUCUUUUCCGCCUGGUUGUAUUUCUGAAUUAUUGAUUCAUUAA